CUCUCAAACUUACAUCUGUAUGGGGGGGGUCAUUUACCAGCAGCCUCUGGCGCCACCUAGUGGAUUUAAAUGUGUUUACAGCUAAGUGCAGCACAUGAGCUCAAACAGGCAACUUGGUGGUAUUAUGUGGUUUAGUACGUCCAUAUUUUGGCAUAUGUUUCAUAUUUUUGUUAGAAACCUUAAAUGUCAGUUGUGGGAUGUGAAAUAUAAAUUAUUCUCACUGUGACUCUGGAAUCAAAUGAAAAACACAGCAUGGAAACUCACCACCGCGAUGACUCAAAGACUUGAGUAGCUUUAUUUUACUCAUGCUGAUCUCCUUGACAGUUUUAUUGAAUAUUAUACGGCUGACAAGGGUGUGAAACAGAAUCAGACUGACUUGAAUGUCACUUUUGAUUGAUUCAGCGUCUUUUCUCUCUCUUUUGCUCUUUCAGCACAAAGAGCAAAGAGUCCUUUGCUGUUUGUGCUUCAUUUGUCAUUCAGGUGCCCUUCGCUUCUCCAGCAGCACCUGAAAUGACUCUAGAAUGGAAUCAUGCUGUGAUUGAAAAGUACUCGAGUGGAUAUUAAAAAAAAAAAGUAAUAGUAAAGUAAUAGGCUUUGUUGGUGACUGAUGACCGAGACUAGAAGUCAGUAUGCUAAAUGUGUGAAACUCAUCACUCGGAGAAGUCUGUCUGGAAUUAAAGGAUUAUUAGGAGUAUAUUUUUUCUUUUCUUUCUUUAUUUUGGCAGUAAUUAGGGUUCUUGUGGGUCUUUUUGUCCCCACUGGAGCAGGUGUUUACUGUUCCUGUGUAUUUUCACUGGCCUGAUGGUUUAUAGUUUAAAAUAAGUAACUCAAGUGGAAGUUGCUCCUGGAUGCUGGUGCCAUCUAGUGGACAUGUGGGAGUAUGGCGUACACUUCAUUCACAACAUUGACAUUAUUUUGGCGCAUGUAGACGAUAGUAUCUAGUGUCGGGACCAACGAGUCGUAGAUAGAUGUUGAUCUGUAAGAAGUGCAUACUUGUUAUUUAAAAAUGUGUACUAUGGUUUGAUUUGUCAUUUGGUCUACUUUAUUCACUCUGGUCAUUUAAAUGUUCUUUAUUCAACUUUUUGGAAAUAGUUGGCAAGCAGGUUGGCUGUUAUCUCUGCUUCAGGCAUGCACAUGUAAACACAAGUUGCUAAAAUGGUAAAAUGCAUUAUUCAUUCAUGCUCCUAUGUAGAUAGAUGGAUAGAAACAGUGGUGAAUAUUAAUGAACUUAAGAACAUGAAGAGGCAUAAAAGAGAAAAAACAACCUGACUGUGUUUUUCAUUUAUCACAGAUAUUUAUAGAGGAUGGGGUUUCACUCACUACUGAACUAAUCCAUUAAUAAAAGCUCUAAAAAUAGUGUUGCCCAAGCAACAGUCCCAAACUCAAACAUGCUCCGUUUACAGUGAGAUGAAACAUAUAAAUGGAAAUAUUUAAUUCUUUUCAAAGCUGAAGUAAACACACUUUUAGCAUGGUCUUUUAAAAGAUGGGAAAUGUAUUUAGUUUUUGACACACUAAGCAUGAUUAACCAACUAUAUCUAGAUUAUCUUACAAUAUUGUUAUAUUCAAGUGUUCUAAAAAAUCGUCCUCUUCAAGUUUGUCGUGGUAUCAUGUCAGGUUUUGUUGAGAGCUGGUGAAGGAGAUCAUUCUGGCUGCCUUUCUCAAUGUUCCUGAGAUCGUCACUGCUUCAAAUCGUGUAAACAGCGCAUCAGCUCUCCUGUUAGCGCUACAACGCUGCCGUGUCACUUCUUCUCUUGUCCGUCCAGCCCUGCCUGGCUCUCGCUUUAUUUUACACAAAUAAUAAUGCAACGCUGGCUUUUACAUGACACAUGUUGAGAUGCGACUGCAUGAAGAGCAGAUAUAUGAAUGGCACUGGCAUUUUCUGUAUUGGAGUUCUAGCGGGAAAAAACUCUUAAUCUCUCUGUCAGUGAGCAAUUAGUGAUGGAGGAUUAAUGCAUGAAUCUGUUUGGUUAAACUGAGGUCAGAUGGCCACUGGGGUUGUUACCAGCUAAGCAGGAUCUGAUCUUUUCUGAUCCAACGUCCACAUAUUUCAGCGGGCAGUCAUCUGCCAGUCCUGCCAUAUGAACAUUUUGACACAAAUACUCCUUUGGUAUUUGCAAAUACUCUCUUUUUAUUAACAUGCUCACUUGUUUACGACAGGCUCGUGGGUGUCAACAUGAGAUUCCAGUUACACGCUGCAAUAUUUUGUGCCCCAACAAUCAAAAUCCGUGGAUAAAUACAGUAAUAAUAGCUUUUACUGCAUAUUCUGGAUGCAGCGCUGAAAUUCAGAUUUCUGCUAAUGUAAAGCAGGGAGCAUCACAUUUAUCUGAUGAAAUAAUCCAGGGCAACAUUACUUCCCCAUAUUAGAUAGAUGUCAGCGGUGCAGCAGCGACAGGUUGCAGCUUUUUAAAAACUUUUUAUUUAUUUAUAUUCUACACAGAGAGGUUUAAAAAGAUAGAGAGAGGCUUUUAGUAUUAAGUUUUCCCCUGAAAUGUCCCUAAACGCAAAUGAGCUCUCAGCUUAAGGCUUCACAGCUAUAAAAUGCUCCAAGAUAAAUUCACAGGGAUGAUUGAGGCGAACUGAAAAUGUUAAUGGUUUUUGAGGUUUGGUCUUCACCUAAUGUAUCUACUAGGAGUUUCACUAAAAUGAAUUUAUGAAUUUAUUAGGAUCCCCAUUAGCUGAUGCAGUACAUCAGCUACUCUUCCUGGGGUCCACACAUAACAAACAGAUCAACUGUGUCAUUUAACUCAUAUGUAACAACUCCCUCUGAACCGAAAAGUGUCAGAUUUAACCAUUUGGUAUUUAAAAUAUAUCAUAAAUUUGGAGUUGAAUUGACAUUAAAAUAUGACGUUGUCAUAUUUUGACGAAGUCCAGUUUUCUAAGGAUGUUUCCAUCCUUGGAAAACUGCUCGGUUUUAAGUCACUUAAUGUUUUAUUUCUUUUUAAAAAAGAGCCUCCAUAAUAGAUUGUUACAUUAAUCUUAUUGAUAUAUACAGUCUUAAUAUUAUAUUCUUUAACUUACUCGUUGGGUUCGAGAGGAAAAGCUGUUUUAGUCAGUUUUUUGGACUGUGGCAGCUUCUUUGAGGCUUAUAUCGUCCUUCAAGGUCAGAUGUCUCUCCGUUUUGACUAAUUCAACUGAAUGGUAAUUUUUUUUCUUAAUACGUCUUAUAUUUAAUAGAGGUUAAAACAAAUCUCCAGUGAUGAGACUGCAGGUAAAUCAUUUUGUUUUUGUGCAGAGUCAGCAUAUAAAACAUCCAGAAAAAUUACUAUACGCGCAAUGUUUUAUGAAGAAGCUGCAGGACACAUUAAAAAAAUAUCAAUAUUUUGCAAUAUCUACCGCUGAGAAAAAAAUCAAUAAAUGAAAUGGUUCCUGUGGUUGAACCAAUACAUGUACAGUGAUGCACUAAAAAGAUUUAAAAGUUAAGGCGUAUUUUCUUUCUUACAAAACAAAUGACACCUCCUCCCACUUUUUUGUCUCAGUGGGACCCUUGUAUACCGAACCUGACGCUGCUCAAACAUGAACUACUCAGUUUUUUGUUGGCUGUUGCAUUUUCUGUAGUUUAUCAGCUCUCGACUAAUUUAUGGGUCGGUAUUGAUGGAGUCAUUAAAAUGGAUAAAUUGCAGUGAAAUGUGCACUUCUUCAUACGCCGCUGUGUUCCAGGCUGUUGUAAGGCUGCAGGAGGUGUGAUCCACGCCGUCGUUGAUUAAAGAAUGCCAGCAGCAGUCGUGGUGUUACAGCGACGAGAUGUAGGUUACAUUGUGAAGCCAGCUGACAGGCGCACUCGCUGUCCGGCCUCUUCCUUUCCCAGGAUGAUUCCUAAAGAAGCUUACACUCUAAUAUCCUGAUGGGAAAAGGGGUUUGCUUUAAGCUUGCUGAAUGUACCAAAUCACCAAGAGGAUGCUGUUGAAGGUCUGAGGUAAAUCAGAUCACAAUGCUUCUUCAAAAAAAAGAGCUGCUUUGGACGCCAGCCUGUCGGGUGUACUGUAAAUGUCACAAAAGCAGCCGACUCCUCCUUCGAUGUUUUUCAUUUUGAUGUCGUUUUUCUGCUUGACGUCUGGUGGGGCGGAUGCAGAACGGUGAAGAACAGGAGCCGAGUUCAGACUUGACGCUGGGAACUUUUUUCCCUGUAAUUUCUAGACAUGAUUCCUACUAAAAUGUUAGUGUACAAGGGGCCUGACGGAGGCACACGCUCCGCAGCGAUGUCUAGCACAGCGAGGCGCAGGAAAUCGAGCGGCGAGCUCUUCCAGAAGGGCUACAGGGUCAGGAUGGGCCGCGGGCUGGUCCCCGACAAAGAGGAUCAGGAAAGCUUCUGCUUCACCCUCGGUGGAUGCUUCCACGUAAUCUCCUACUGGGGUAAGACUUAACAGGAUAUGGAAAUAAUGGGAAUGUCUCGCAGAAAGUGAAGGCUGGCGUGUCCAGAACUCUUUGGACAGUGUGUGUGUGUGAGAGAGCUGGAGCAGGUUCAGGAUUUGUGUGAUUUGAGUGUUAUGUUCCACAGCUAGAAAACACUCACUUGAAAUGACAAAUGAGCUUUGGCAGGGCUCGCCGUAGUUUACAUCCUUUUAAAAGGAUGACUUGUAUAGAUUCUUUUUUAGCUGGAAGAUUGGCUCUAAUGCCUCUGAUUUGUGUCCUCUGGCAGUCGCACAAAUCCGCUCGAGCUGGGAAAUUCGCCGGCCCAAUUAAUACAGGUGAAGCUGGAUGUUAUUUAGCUGCUCAUGAAUUGCAGAGGCGGCUUUCAACUGUUGCUAUGGAUGCAGCUUUCUUCAAACUCAAUUUAUCCCAUUAAUCAUUUGGCUUUUUAAGCUGAAGAGGGGUCUUUUUUUUCAUUUAGCUUAAUCAUGUAAUUCUGUAGAAGCCAUUUAAGCUGUUUUACACACAAACACCAUUUAAUAUCUAAAAACCAAAUGUUUUAUUUAACGUGUAAACAUGAAGCAGGAGCUCAGGCUGGCACCGGCACAGCUGAUUUUCGCUGCUCAUGUUGUCCUGCUGGCCUGCUGGCAACAGGCACCGGCUCCAUCUUUUCGCUUUUUUUUCCCCUUUUUCCCUUCUCACAAAUACCCUCAAAUUUCGGUAGGGUUUGACGUCACAUCUGUUUACUCAUUCAUUUUGGCGUGACAGCGUCCACCUGUCUUUUACUCUGAUCCAGGUUUCAUCUCUUCUGCGUUUGGGAUUUUCAGCGGGCAGGAAUGACGCUUGUAUCAGGUAGAUGCCGGUGCGUCGCGAGGCUCCAGGGAUUAAAUAAAGACAGCUGUGGGUGGAUGAGGAGAUAGUUGGGAUUAUGAACAUGUUUUCCUCUUGUUAUUUGUCGCACAUAUUCCAAAGUGCUUCUUUAAUACAGUAAGUGCUCAGGGUUUCUUGAUCAGUUGGGGCUUUUUGAACUGUUUUUAAUCAAUAUGAAUCCAUUGAAGCUGUUAAAGAUGGAUAACGGUAUCAAAGGUUUGAGGUUUUUAAGGGCCUUAAGGCUGAUACAGUUCUCAGAAAUUUUACAGUUUUUGAAUAUACUAAAGACAAGCAACUCGAUUAAGCUGGUGAACCUGUGCUCCAUCUUCAUAAGCACAUGGCUGACUGCAGCAGGCUUCAUUCACUUGGUGGAAAACUCAGGGGAUCCAUGGGAGGACUUUCAGAAUUCCCAGGCGCUGUCCUACUGGGAAUGCGUCUAUCUCCUCAUGGUUACCAUGUCUACUGUCGGCUAUGGAGACGUUUACGCCAAAACCACCCUGGGCCGCCUGUUCAUGGUCUUCUUCAUCCUUGGUGGUUUGGCCAUGUUUGCUCGCUACGUGCCAGAAAUUGCUGCUCUCAUCCUUAAUCGGAAGAAAUAUGGAGGGAGUUAUAACUCGACCAGAGGCAGAAAGCACAUCGUGGUCUGUGGUCAUAUAACACUUGAGAGCGUGUCCAACUUCCUAAAAGACUUCCUACACAAGGACAGGGAUGAUGUCAAUGUAGAAAUUGUUUUUCUCCAUAAUAUUUCCCCUAAUCUUGAGCUGGAAGCCUUGUUCAAGCGCCACUUCACCCAGGUAGAGUUUUACCAAGGCUCUGUCCUAAACCCACAUGACCUGGCCAGAGUCAAGAUCGAAUCAGCUGACGCCUGCCUGAUCUUAGCCAACAAAUACUGUGCUGACCCAGACGCCGAGGAUGCAUCCAACAUCAUGAGGGUAAUAUCUAUCAAGAACUACCACCCAAAGAUCAGAAUUAUCACUCAAAUGUUGCAGUAUCACAACAAGGCCCACCUUUUGAACAUUCCAAGCUGGGCCUGGAAAGAGGGAGAUGACGCCAUUUGCCUCGCGGAGCUGAAGCUUGGUUUCAUCGCCCAAAGCUGUCUGGCUCAAGGCCUCUCCACCAUGCUGGCCAACCUUUUCUCCAUGAGGUCCUUCAUUAAGAUCGAGGAAGACACGUGGCAGAAGUAUUAUCUUGAAGGAGUAGCCAAUGAGAUGUACACGGAAUACCUGUCGAGUGCCUUUGUGGGUUUAUCCUUCCCAACAAUUUGCGAACUCUGCUACGUGAAGCUAAAGUUACUACUGAUUGCUAUAGAGUACAAGUCCGAUCAAAGGGAAAGCAGUACCCUGAUCAACCCUGGAAACCAUGUGAAAAUGCAAGAGGGGACUUUGGGCUUUUUCAUUGCCAGUGAUGCCAAAGAAGUAAAGAGGGCGCUGUUUUACUGUAAGGCUUGUCACGAUGACAUUACUGAUCCCAAAAGAAUAAAGAAAUGCGGAUGCAAGAAAUCUAAAAGUAGCUAUAAUGGAUAUAUCAAAUCAAUUGAAGAGGACCAGCAGUCAGCUCUGUCGCCUAAAAAGAAGCAGCGUAACGGAGGCAUGAGGAACUCUCCCAACUCCUCGCCCAAGUUAAUGAGACAUGACCCACUCCUGAUUCCGGGCAGCGAGCAGAUUGAAAGCAUGGACGAGAACGUAAAAAAAUACGACUCCACCGGGAUGUUUCACUGGUGUCCAUCCAAAGACAUCGAGAAAGUCAUCCUGACCCGGAGUGAGGCGGCCAUGACUGUUUUGAGUGGCCAUGUGGUCGUGUGCAUAUUUGGAGACGUGAAAUCAGCCUUGAUCGGUCUCCGAAACUUUGUGAUGCCUCUGAGGGCGAGCAACUUUCACUACCACGAACUCAAGCACAUUGUGUUCGUCGGUUCCCUUGAGUAUCUGAAGCGGGAGUGGGAAACUCUGCAUAACUUCCCCAAAGUUUCCAUUCUGCCGGGCACGCCGUUGAGCCGAGCAGAUCUGAGGGCUGUCAACAUCAACCUCUGCGACAUGUGUGUCAUUCUGUCAGCCAAUCAGAACAAUAUUGACGAUGCAUCACUGCAGGACAAAGAAUGCAUUCUGGCGUCACUCAACAUCAAAUCCAUGCAAUUUGACGACAGCAUCAGGGUCUUGCAGGCCAAUUCUCAAGGCUUUACGCCACCAGGGAUGGAUAGAUCUUCUCCGGAGAACAGCCCGGUCCAUGGAUUAGUAAGGCAGACCUCCGUCACCACCGGAGCAAAUAUUCCCAUCAUAACAGAGCUAGCGCCAUUAGCAAAGCAAGGCAAAAAACUGCCUGUGAUUUCAUUCAGUCAGGAUAAAAGCAGUGGGACCAGCAUACAAAUGAUAACUGAGCUGGUAAAUGACUCCAACGUUCAGUUCUUGGACCAAGAUGAUGACGACGACCCAGACACGGAGCUAUACCUCACUCAGCCUUUCGCCUGCGGGACAGCGUUUGCGGUCAGCGUGUUGGACUCCUUAAUGAGUGCGACAUACUUCAAUGACAAUAUACUCACCUUAAUCCGGACGCUGGUAACAGGCGGGGCGACACCGGAGCUGGAGGGGCUGUUGGCAGAGGAGAACGCGUUGAGAGGUGGCUACAGCACACCGCAGACGCUGGCGAACAGGGACAGGUGUCGCGUGGCACAGCUGGCGCUGUACGACGGGCCCUUUGCUGACCUCGGGGAUGGAGGCUGUUAUGGUGACCUCUUUUGUAAGGCCCUGAAAACAUACAAUAUGUUGUGUUUUGGCAUCUAUCGGCUACGAGAUGCACACCUAAACACACAAAGUCAGUGUACCAAACGGUACGUCAUAACCAACCCACCGUACGCGUUUGAGCUGGUGCCCUCAGACCUGAUAUUCUGCCUGAUGCAGUUUGACCACAAUGCCGGCCAGUCUCGAACCAGCCUUUCCCACUCGUCUCACUCUUCCCAUUCUUCAAGCAAAAAGAGCUCCUCGGUACACUCUAUCCAAACUACCAACCGCACCAACCGCAUCAAAAACAGGGACUCACGAGACAAACAAAAUGCAACAAGGAUGAAUAGAGUGGGCCAAGAAAAGACAUGGUUUACAGAUGAACCAGAGAACACCCACCUGAGGACCAUACAGAUCAAGCCUGUGAAUACUCUCGCCGUCAACCAAGUCAGUCUCAAUAAAUCCACCAACAGCUCAAUACCACCCAUCAGAGAAGCAGAGGACGAGUGCUGAGCUCUGGACCCACGCCGACGCCCGACAGCCCCGACUCCCGGAGGAUUUCAUGUCUAGGUGUCUUGCAUGGGACUGGAAAUAUCUCGUCAUCUGCAAACAUAAAUCAUCAGCUGACAUUAGACAAGACAAACUGCUUUCCUUCUUCACCUCUGCAGCUACUUUAAUAUUUGAGCUGAUUUAGAACCAUGAAGACAAUCAUUGUAGUGAAAUGUUGCUAUUAUUAUUCUCAUUCUUAUUAUGCACAGCUUCUCUUUAGCAGUGACCAGACUCCAGGAGUCUUUACGCUUCCUUGUGGGGAAUGAGGGUCACUUGAGUAGAGCUAUGUCAAAAGUUACCACUACUAUUAUUAAAAGAGGUUAUUAUUAUCGAGAUUUGGAAUUGUAAAAGUUGCCUUCUUAGCUCUCUGUGAACAACUGCUACAACUGCAUCAAAGUCACCCUGUAUUGCAGUUUAUUCUGUACAGUUUGUGUAUUUUACACCCAGCUGCGACCCCACCACAAUGGCAUUGGGGGUGACUGAUUCUCAGUGAUUUUCUUUGCCAUUUGGAGCUAAUUCACAACAUUUGUGAUGGUUACGAUGGCCAGUGUCCAUAUGUAAAUGGAAUUUGGCUUCAGCCUUAUCGCUAUCCAUUUAUAUUUGUCUUAUCUUUGCCUUUUCAAGUUUAUGGACAUUUUCGAGCUGCUUUUUCUCUUUGCGAUGACUGAAGCAGAACUGUUUUUUCCGUGAUUCAAACAUAAAGAAUUUUUUUUUUUUUUUUUUUUUUUUUUUUAUUCUUCACGUUUUGGUCAAUAGACAAUUAUGAUAGAGCUGUUUUGUUGUUGAUCUCACAUGUCUACUGUCACAGCUUAAGCGCUAUUCAUCCACGUAAGACGCUAAAGACAGCAAAUCCAAAUACUCAUGUCAGAGCCUGACACCAUAUUUAAGUCUGUAAGCGAGUAAAAUGAGAAAAAGCCGCAUAUCGCAUGAAGUGGGCACCUUUAAGUCCUCCCUUGGCUGUAAGCACUGCCUGACACAGGAUUGUCCUGGAGGCCGCGAGGCAACCUGAAUGUACUCCAUAAGCAAUCUUAAUGCCUGAAUCACAGCUUUUAGUAGAUGUAUGAAAAACAGCUCUAUCAUAAAACUGACUUUGACUAUUUCUUAUGUGUUGAAAAAGCAUAGCGCUCCACCUCGGUGAACAUCCAAGCAAACAAAGAAAGAAAGCUCAUUUACAUCUGAUGAAACAGCCAUCAUUUAUUUCUGUGUUUCCAUGGAAUGCAUAGCGUGGUUGGUGUGAAUCCUGUCUUGUUGAAGUUAUAGAACAUAGCUAUAUUGGCACUGAUGUCACUUUAUUUCAGGAAGAAAUGACAAAAAAAAGAAAACAAAAAAAAUCAACUGCAGGCCAUGAAAUUCUAACUUCAUACCACUAAAUUCCACCUAGGACCUAUGUUGGAUGUAUAUGUGUGUGUGCGUGUGUGUGUGAGGGGGGGAUCUGGGGUAAAAAGCUGUGACAUUGUUACUGGCACAGAACACACGUGUCCCUCGGUGCCAGUAACGUGCCAGGCAGUGCUGAAGCCAACGGAGGACUCGAGGAGAGCCCACCGCUGCGAAAAGAGGCUUCCGGUUUAGUUCUCGUUAUGAAGCAAUCAUUUCCCGGAGAUGACCACAACUAAAGUUAACCAUUUCAAAAGUCUUAAAACUUUUCUUUUUCUUGUUUUAACUAUCCAACACCAUACAGAAGCAAUUCAUUUUUUUGUGUAAAAAUCUGUAAAAGUUAAUGUAAAGUAAUUCUUUGUAGUGUGAUCAUGUUUGACAGUACCUGUGAGGUUGAGAGAACUUCAUUGCAGACUAGUUUGUAUUAUUUUGGACAAUUUUUUUUUUUUUUUAGCACAUUGGCUUCUCAAUACAAUGGCAGUCUGAAGUUGAUGUCUAUGUUAUAACACACAGUUAUAAAUGACAGAUUAUCGUCUUGUACAAAUAGACUUGUACAUAAACUGUACAUGAUUUCAUUUUGUAUUUUCACAAAUUAAA